AUGUCGCUGUUUGAUCCCUACGGACUUAUCGCUCACUUUGUUAUAUUUGGCAAAAUUCUAAUGCAACACAUUUGGAGAACCGGUACGGAAUGGGACGAUGAAAUCUUACCGGAGCUGUACGGAAUGUGGAUAGAUUGGAUUCGUUUACUGACACGGUUGCAGGAAGUUGAAGUCCCACGAUGUUUUUUCGGCAAUUCAAGCAGCAAAAUACCCGCCAUCAUCCAUCUGCACGUAUUCGUCGACUCAAGCGAGCAAGCCUAUAUGCGUGCGCGGCAUAUUUGCGAAUCGUACAAGCUGGGGCUUGAACUGCAAGCUUGCCUAAUUGGAUGUCGCUUGGCGGAAACUAUUCGCACGUCGUUGAGCCUAACUAUUGAUGCACGAUAUUUUUGGACCGACUCAGCAACAGCACUCGCCUGGAUCAAAUCGGAUAGCCGACGCUAUCAUUCCUACGUGGCGUUUCGAGUAGGCGAGAUACUGAACACGUCAACCGCAGACGAAUGGUAUCAUGUUCCAUCGAAACAAAAUGUGGCCGACGAUGCCACGAAGUGGGGAUCUGGCCCGGACUUUAGUCCGAAUAGUCGCUGGUGCAUCGGUGAAACUUUUCUCUACCACCCAAAAUCGGAAUGGCCAAAACAGACCGGGAAACAAUGGAAUACAAAUGAAGAAUUACGUUCCGCUUUCAACUUCCACCGAGGACUUCCACAGCCAUUGAUCGACAUCAGUCGGUUUUCCAACUGGAAUCGACUACUACGGGCUGCAGCCUAUGUACAGCGCGCAGUGCAAAAGUUCAGAAGACAGAAGGUCUAUGGGCAACUGUCUAGCGAUGAGCUUCUUCUGGCUGAGAAUUUCCUGUGGCGCCAAACUCAACUCCAUGCCUACACGGACGAAUAUAGCACACUGCGAUACAAUCAACAGCACCCGAACGAAACCCAAAAGCAAAUAGAGAAGUGUAGUGUACUGUUUCAGGAAUCACCGUUCAUAGACGAUAAGGGCGUGAUCAGAAUGAAUAGCAGAAUUUCAGCCGCACCUACCGCUUCGUUCGAGUUGAAAUAUCCGGUGAUUCUACCAAAGGAUCAUGCUCUGACACGUCUACUUGUCGAUAGUUACCACCGAAGGUUUUUCCAUAUGCACAACGAUACAGUGUUUAACGAAGUUCGACAGCGGUUUCGAAUUCCGCAGCUUCGGUCGGUCAUCAAGCGGAUUGCCAGAGAAUGUCAACAUUGCAGGAUUGUUAAAGCAACUCCUCGUCCACCAAUGAUGGCGCCACUUCCAGCUGUCCGGCUUACUCCGCACGUCAGAGCGUUCAGCUACACAGGCGUUGAUUAUUUCGGCCCUAUUUUAGCGAAACAAGGCAGAAGCCUGGUGAAGCGCUGGAUCUCACUGUUUACGUGUCUCACUACACGCGCAGUGCACCUUGAGAUAGUACAUAGCUUGUCGACGCAAUCGUGCGUCAUGGCAAUUCGUCGAUUCAACAACUUGGCAAUUCAAUCCACCAUCGGCGCCCCAUAUGAGCGGAUGGUUCGUUCUAUCAAAACGGCAAUGGAGGCCAUCGCAGACCAUCCUCGCCACUUAAAUGAUGAAGCGCUAGAGACUGUAGUCUUGGAAGCUGAAGCCAUCGUCAAUUCGCGCCCUCUAACCUACAUUCUACUCGACGAUGCAGAACAAGAAGCUCUUACGCUGAACCACUUUCUGCUCUACGGAGCCAAAGACACUGUACAACCAAGGACGGCCUUGGUCGUGGAAGGAGAAUCAUUGCGGGAUACUGCCCAUGAUCACAUAGAUAGUUGGAAACUCACGCAGCACUUAGUGGACUUAUUCUGGAAGCGAUGGGUGCACGAGUAUUUACCAACACUGACAAGGCGCACAAAGUGGUUCCAGCCAGUUAAAGCAUUGGAGCCUGGAGACGUAGUAUUUGUGAUCGACGUGAAUAAACGAAAUGGAUGGGUCAGAGGCCGUGUCAUCGAGGUGUUCCCUGGUCAGGAUGGACAAGUUAGGAGAGCUGUGGUACGGACCAACAACGGAGUCCUAACUCGCCCGGUCGUCAAGCUAGCGUUGCUGGAUAUUCAUAAGAACAAGAAGCAGGCCGAAGAUGGAGAUUCCCGGAACAUCACGGGCGGGGGAAUGUAA